AUGCCAAACUGUGUGUGCCGUAUGCGAGCCACUGCAAAAAAUGUGACAUACCUGUCUGAGUGCGGUCUGGCUCCUCUCAACAACAGGAUAGUUGGAGGAGAAGCAGCUCCUCCAGGCAGCUGGCCCUGGCAGGUCAGUCUGCACACAUUCGCACACAUCUGUGGAGGAUCUCUGAUCAAUGACCAGUGGGUGCUGACUGCUGCUCAUUGCGUCUCAUGGCUCGGCAGCACUCCUUUUCUAACAGUGUAUCUGGGUCGUCAGAAUCAGAGUGAAUCUAACCCAAAUGAAGUCUCUCGGACAGUAACAAGGAUCAUUAUUCAUCCUGGAUACAACAUACCACGUUUUAACAAUGACAUUGCGCUUCUGAAAAUGUCUGAACCAGUGGUUUUCAGCAAUUACAUCUCACCCGUCUGCCUGGCAGCCUUCAACAGCACCUUUAACAUCGGGGAAGAUGCCUGGGUUACUGGCUGGGGCAACAUUGGAUAUGAUGAACCUCUUCCUUCACCAGGAAAACUUUUGGAAGUCGAUGCUGAAAUUGUGGGAACUCACCAGUGCAAAUGUGAUUACAGUAAGAUAGACGAUGACGUCAUCACUGACAACAUGAUAUGUGCUGGGUUUCGUGAAGGAGGAAAGGGACCUUGUUUUGGAGAUUCUGGAGGUCCACUCGUGAGCCAGCAGGGUGAUCGCUGGAUUUUGGCUGGUGUUGUGAGUUUCGGUGUUGGUUGCAAUGCGCCAAACUUCCCAUCAGUCUAUGCAAGAGUGUCCCAGUUUGAGAGCUGGAUUAAAAGCCACAUCACCAGAAACCGGCCAGGCUUUCUCACUUUUGUGUCUAACAACACAGAGGAUGUCCUAAACUCUUCCUGUACAACUCCUGCCCUGACCCCAGCAAUAAAUAUAUCUGAAGUGUGUGGUCAACCAUCACUCAACAGCAGGAUUGUUGGAGGAGAGACCGCUGCUCCUGGCAGCUGGCCUUGGCAGGUAAGUCUGCACAUCUUCGACCACUUCUGUGGAGGAUCUCUGGUUACUGACCAGUGGGUGCUGACUGCUGCGCACUGUGUUGAAAGGUUUGGUAGCAAUCCAGCUGGUCUGAGGGUGUAUCUGGGUCGACAGGUUCAGAAUGGGUCCAACCCAAAUGAAGUCACCCGGACAGUAUACAAGAUCAUUCUUCACCCUGACUAUGAUCCUUUUGUCAUUGACAACGACAUUGCUCUUCUGAAAUUGUCUUUACCAGUGAAUUUCACCAGCUACAUCUCACCAGUCUGUCUAGCUGCCUCAGACAGCACCUUCUACAGCGGGGUUGAGUCCUGGGUAACCGGUUGGGGAAACGUUGGAAUUUUUGGUAAUUAAAAC